GAAAACCAAAACGCAUCUUCUCUUCUCAGAAAGAAGCUUACACAAACCCCGAAAUCAUGUCUGGAGGUGUCGGUCCGACCUAUAACGACAUAGCCUUACCAAAAGACGAACACCACCACGCUGUCGGAAAAACCACCGGAUUCUUUUCGUUCCGGCAGCUAAACGUCCUCGCAGUAAUCCUCGUCCUCUCCGCAAGCGGUCUUGUCACGGUCAUAGAUUUUUUAUUCGCACUCCUCACGUUCAUCUACUUCUUCUUCAUCUCCAAAGUAGUAUUCCCUCCGCACGAGAAUCAAAACCGGGACGAGCCUCUCACAAGCUCCACCAACAAGUUUUUCCGUUUCUACGUAGCUUGCGCGGGGAUCGUCGGGCUCCUACUUCCCAUCUGCUACAUCUUCGAAGGACUCCUCGAGGACGAUAAACACGGUGUGAGCGCCGCCGCACCGCACGUGUUCCUUCUGGCGAGUCAGGUUUUCAUGGAGGGAUUGGCCGCCACUUUUGGCUUCUCUGCUCCUGCUCGGAUCCUCGUGCCCAUCGUUUACAACGCUAGGAGAGUCCUUACUCUCGUGGAGUGGAUUAUGGAAGAGUUCUCAAGGGAAUCUCCGGCGUAUGGCACAGGGGUGGGGACGGUUUCGGAGCGGCGGAUGUUUGCCGGGAAAGUUUUGGCGGCGGUGAACUUAGGGGUUUGGUCGUUUAAUCUCUUUGGGGUUCUCAUUCCGGUUUAUCUACCGAGGGCAUUCAAGAGGUAUUACGGUUCCAGCAAGGAGAAUUGAAUUCGGUUUAGACCAAUUCAAGCCUUUAGUUGUUUUUGGGGGUUAUUCGGUCAUGUUUGGAUAAAUCGUGAUCUAAAGUGAAUUUAAAGCUUUUGUUGUUCAAUCUCUUUGGUUGUCUGAUUUCUGUUUACCUCUUGAGAACCUUUUACAAUAAGGUAAUAGCGGGGUUAAUCUUUGCAGCUUUUGUUGUCUUUUGUUUUUUUUUGUCAACAUUGUUGUCUUUUUGUUUAAUCGGUCCUGCUCGGUUUAGUAUUA